AUGGCUGAUAUUCUUUUUCUUUCUCCUCUCUCUCAGGUUUUCCGACCAGUCUGCGGUAAAGGGACACACGAUAGGUACUGUUACUCCAACGGUAACUGUGCUAUUAACAUAACACCUUGUGGUAAUCUUCAUGCCUCUACGUGCACCAGCAGCCAGGUAUUUUCAACUGCAACAGGCACGUGCACUGAUGACAACAUUACCCCCCAAUACAUGCCGAGCGCAGCUCUGGGCGAGAAGUACGAGCUGGUUAUCGAAAGCCACGUCUUCCUCUCCAAGCCUGGAUGUCAUAUUUUCCAGUUCGAUGACGUCAAGAACUGCACGGAUGUUAAAGAGGGUGAUAUCCUGGGGUUUACUUAUUAUGGACGAGGAUUUGCAGAGAUAACAUCCCGGAAUUCUGGAAAAAGUCAGAAGAUGAACGCUACGGCAUUUAGUUUCGACGAGUUACAGCCUGGCCUUGGUUCGAUCAUCACUACAGCUUCAAGCUCUCCGAGCGAAUCACAAAUACAAUAUGCCAUUGCAGCAAUUCAGCAACUUCCUUCGCUGUUUUGGUUUACUCAUAACUACUCCAUCGGUCGUUAUGAAGAGGAAGCUACAGUCCGUGGUCCACACAAUACCUUAAAAGAUACAACAACAAUCGUUGCUACUGAAGGAGUGGCCAAUGUAACUUGGACAACGCCCAAAUUUGUAGCCACGAAUGCCACAUAUACUAUCACAAUACAUCCUCACAAAGGUUAUAAUGUCACUUAUGUUGUGGACUUUGGCGCCGGGAAGAGCAACACCAUGCAGAAAACUCGUCUUGAUAACGAUCUACCGUCCAGCUAUGUAUAUAAUUCGAGCGGUUCUUACAACAUUUCUCUGUACGCUAUCAAUAUGAUAUCGUUUCAGAUAAAGGCCUGUUAUGUGACUGUACAAGAUAUUGUCUUAGGUCUAUCAUUUUACGAACCUAUCCGUCCUGUACCCUUGGGAAAUGACACAAAAGUUACCUGGAUGCUACGACAGGGAAACGGAGUCAACAUUUCAAUUGACUUCGGCGAUGGAGAUUUCUUCCAUAACGGCUCCUUUGAUAUCACCUACCUCUUUGCCGCCAUGAAUAGUCACAAGUAUGCUGCAAUAGGAGAAUAUACCGUGGCAAUCAACGUGUCGAACUGCGUUUCCAACGCGUCUAUUGAAGAGAUAGCUAUUGUGGAAUUGCCGCUGAAUGGCGUGACAUGUAACGUCAUCCAUGCAAACAGGGACAUCGAAGUGAAUGAAACCGUGACCGUUGAAAUAACAGUUCAACAAGGAACCAAUCCUGAGUUUUACAUUGACUUUGGAGACGGUUCGGCUACCACAACCCGAGAACUAAGUGUUAAGCAUUUGUAUUCAUACUACGCCUUUUUCAACGUUAGUAUUUCAGCUUAUAAUAACGUGAGCAGAGAGAACGCAUCCCAGGAGAUUCAAGUUCACAAGCCAGUUAAGCCACUGAUCGGGUUCAACGUCACGUGCCUUCACACUAAUUUUACAGAUAACACGCCCUGUAUGCUGAACAUCACAGAAGGAACAGACUUCAAGUGCACUUGGAAUUGGGCGGACGGUAAAUCCAGUGAAACUCACUUCGUAGAUCUUGGAAAUUUCACAUAUCACAAUUAUAGUGCUGUGGGGCAUUAUAACGUUGCUUUGAAUUGCACCAACCGCUUGUACAACACAACUGCAGAAGCCACAGCCAUCGUCGAGAUUCCGAUUCUCGGCUUUAAUGUUGAUGACUCUGUUGCCAAACCGUUUCAAGCGGAUUUCACGGUGACCUGGAGUACUGUUUCAGGUACCGACGCCAUAUUUAAUGUAACAUUUACGCACGUGAUCGAUGGGGUUUCCUUUAAUGUGACAGACGUCACUACGUCAAAGGGCACGACAUCCGGAUCAGCUGUCAUAACUUCAGACAUGAUGCCCUUACUCGGCAUUUACGAACUCAUGGUGACAGCCAUCAAUUAUGUCACUCCACGUCAAACCAUUUAUCAAAGCGUCAUGAUCGAUAUUCCAAUAUCUACUCCAGUUCUCACGCGUGCCAGUAAGUUUGUGGAGGUGCACAUAGCGACAAACUUCUCGCUUAGUUUAAAAACUGGAUCUAACGUAAGCCUGUGGUGGAAUUUCACUGAUGGCUCACCGGUUAUACAACAAAACUACCUUGGACCCUUUCCUGUCGACGGCAUAACUAUUGAGCAUACGUUUCACGAUGAGGGCGAAUACAUAAUUCAACUUUUUGGUAACAACAGCGUCAGUAACUUUACUAGUGUUAUCCCUGUUUUCAUACAAAACCCCCCUAAUUUAACACUCACGACGAACAGCCCACAGGCGAUUCCACCGGGGACGAUCACUUUUACGAUUUCGGUUGUGCCGGGAGAAGAGCCCCCAACUGAUGCAAACUACACGGUGUAUUAUGGCGAUGGAACCAUGUCCGCGGAUCAGCCUUUUUCCGCUCCUCUCGUACUACAGCACAGCUAUCAAAACCACGGCGCCUACGUCAUGAAUAUUACCAUUGUCAAUCAAGUGCAGUUCGCCUUCUUGGAGACUGAAGUCGAAGUUCAAACACCAAUAGCAGGUUUAAAAACCUUUCUCGCUCAUACAGGACCCAAGGAGGAAGAAGGCAACCCAGGGAAAGGUCCGGGGAAUACAUACUUUCCAAAUGAUUUUCCAGUCAUGUUUAGCACCUUUAUUAGAAAUGGGACAAAUGUGUCUUACUUCUGGGACUUCGAUGAUGGAGAAAGUGUAACUACGAUGAACAUUUCCUUGAAUCAUACUUUUAAACACCCUGGAACGUACGAAGUCAAGCUUAUUGCCGAAAAUGCUAUUAGUCGUAACAUCACAAUUAGAGUCGUCAACAUGCAGCCGGCUACAAACUCAUGA